AUGGUGGAACACUUGAAAGUUGGAAGCAAGGCGAGCCGACAGGAAGCUAGCUUGUUUUGUGUUGCGAACGGGUUCCCAGUCGGAACCCUCUCUCUUUGCAAGCUUCAGCUGUUGGUUGGUUGGGGUAUGGCUUCAACGGACGUCAGAGGCAUUUUGACAGCUUUCAAUCCUUCUCUCGACUUCUUCGCUAUCACCACCGGAGACGGUCGCGUCAAGAUAUGGGACACACUGAAGGGUCAGGUCCACACCGAGUUCGCUGAUAUCACCUCAACUCAUUCAACUGCUACUACCUUACAUCAUAAAUCAUCCAUUAACGGCCAUCUUGCGCUAGAUUAUACUUGCAUCAAGUGGUUCUCCUUCGAAGAAAAGGCCCUAAUGCUCUGUGGAUUUUAA